UCUGAACCACUUCAUCCUCUGUAGCGUCACAUGUUAGGGUUACCGUGAGGCGGGGAUACCCAGGUCUCCAGCUGGAGGAAGUCACAAUAAAGAUGGCCGCAACAGCUAACUCGAAAUUACCAAACACAAAAAACAGCAACAACACUCUCCGUUUUAAAGCUGGAAAGCCAACGUUUCCUGAUGACAUAGCUAAGAGUCGUCCCUAACCCUAGCAGAUCACACAAGAGAUCUGACCUGAGAUCACUUGUGAGAUUUGUCCACAACAAUUUUGAAGGGAUACUUGGCAACUUUUUCGUUAUUUAAAAUGGUUCUCUUGAGCCAGUAUGCACUAAAAUGACCCUUUACAUGGUUAAUGAAAUGUCACCCAGACCCCCACCACCCUCUGUAGCCAGAAUACUACACUUGCAACUCCAGAUUGACGUGCCACCACCUGUUGGAUUUAUUAAAGGUGGAGCUGACAUACCUGGCACUACAGUCUGGUUCCAGAACAAUUCCUGCAUGUUUUAGAUCAUGAACACAGCUGAUUUGUUUGAUUUAGUGAUGAAUCACCCCUGUAGACACUAAUGAAGGCUGGGAAGACAUUUCAGCUGUUAAAUCCAUGCACAGCAAAGAGAUAAGCUUCAUUUUUGGUUCUAAACAGACACUAGAGGGUGUUAAAGUAAGCCAAAGCUGCAAAGUCUCCCUUCAACUCUAUCCCUUCACCUCAUGAUGGUGCAGCUUUUGUGGAUUUCACAGAUCUGUCAGAAGAUGAGUGAUGUUUGCCACUCAGUGAAUCUACCUGACACAAACCAUGAUUGCUGAACACAUUGCAGAAAUUCACAUUAUUAGUUGUAACUGGCCUUACAAUGGCUAGCUGUUAGCUUAUCAAUCUGGUCAGAAUUGAACUCCUGUUUCUUUAAGUCGAGGUUGUUCAUAGAGCUAUGUACAGAAGGUAUAGUUUUAACUUUUAAACCAUUUUAGUAUAAAUCUAAAGUGUGACAGGUAUUCUCCCUCAUAUCCACACAUCAUUUCAACAAUAAACUGCUAUAAUUCUGCUAAUUAUACAUUUAUUUAUUUUUAUCUUUGAACUUUUUAUCUGAGCAGAAAUGAAUUCAGUCUCACUUUUCUAAACAUUUGUGCUCAUAAUACAAGUUUGGAAGAGAUGCCACUGGUUUCCAUUUUGAAAAACAAAAGGAGCAUUUCCCAUCAGAGACAAUCACACCCUUUUCACACAUGCACACACACACUUCCUGGAUGCCCACCCUCUUCUCCAGCCCCCAGGGCAACAUUUCUCUGGUGACUCUGCUGCAGGUUUUAAUAACGAUCCAGCUCUACUGAGCCUGCAGGAGCAGAGAGAGAGAGACGAGGGAUUAAAAUAAAUAAAAGCAUGGCCAACUCUGGGAUCCAGCUGUUGGGAUUCUUUCUGUCUUUAGUUGGAAUCGUUGCACUGAUCAUCGGGACCAUCCUGCCCCAGUGGAAGAUGUCUGCCUACAUCGGGGACAACAUCAUCACAGCGGUGGCCAUGUACCAGGGACUCUGGAUGUCCUGCGCCUUCCAAAGCACCGGACAGCUCCAGUGCAAGAUCUACGACUCCAUCCUGCAGCUGGACAGUUCGCUCCAAGCCACCCGCGCUCUGAUGAUUGUCGGCAUCAUUGUGUCAAUCGCAGGUCUGGGCGUGGCCUGCAUGGGGAUGAAGUGCACCACCUGUGGAGGAGGGGACAAACUGCGCAAGUCCCGCGUUGCCAUGACAGGAGGCAUCAUUCUUCUAGUAGGAGGACUGUGUGCCAUUGUGGCAUGCUCUUGGUUCGCCCACAACGUCAUCCGAGCUUUCUACAACCCGUACACUCCUGUCAACACCAAGUUCGAGUUUGGUGCAGCCAUCUUCAUCGCAUGGGGCGGCUCUCUGCUGGAUGUUUUGGGCGGGGCCAUGUUGGCGGCCUCCUGUCCGAGGAAGAAGCAAGUAUCCAAGUACCCGCCCGUGGCCGGUUCCCGCCCCGGACCCUCGAGCAGCACUAAGGAGUAUGUCUGAGAUCGCCCCCCUGCUGGCUGGGACUUUAAAGAAGCUGAGGAAGACCCCCUCCCCCAAUGGUUAAAGCAUCAGAGGAGCACUGAAGAUGUGUGGGCUGUUGAGCAGAGACGAGAACUUCCUUCAGUUUCUGUUCAGAUGUACCUUUGAUGACCAUCUGAUCAUGAUGCACCACUCAGAUUCAUCUCACGCUGUCUAAACAUUCCUCUGUUGUUUACAAGUGAUCUUCUCAAAUACAUUAUAAUUGGAUCCCCUGAUUGUGUGUACACCCCCUCCCACACACACACACACACACACACACACACACACACACACACACACACACACACACACACACACACACACACAGGGUGUGGCCUCUUGAAUUGCAGCCUCAAAGGUGGAUUAAAGCCAACAAUUUGCACCUACAUGCCAGGACCAGCUUCAUUUAGCGUUUUCCAUGUAAUUGAAAGUAAUCAAUUUCCUUUUGGUGUCCAACUCAGUCGUCCAGUGCAACACAGACAGCAGAUGAUAAAGCAGUGUUUUAUUUUAACGAUGGGUACUAGAAUAGAUGCUGGAAGGAGCGGGGUGUGACUUCUCACUACAACACACGUCACAGGCCUCGUAACUCUUCAUAGGACACUGGUACAAACCUCAGCUGGAUAUCAGAUAUCCAACAAUUAUGCCUUCUUACAUUUAUUACACACCUGUCCCUAUAUUUAUUUGUCGUUGCUGCAGCGUCAAUCUGAGUGUUUAUAGCUCACAUCCUGUAGUGGUUACAAGGAUUUUAAAUGUCCUGAAAACAUCUGGCUCCUCUAGCACAACGGGAUACUAAAACAAUGUAUGAAGGAGAGUUUUUAAAGUGUGAAACACAGAAAAUAAAAACACUGUGAUCUA